GUGGUAAUGGACUUGCUCCACAGCUCCGGUGUCAGCAGUACAUACUACCUGCAGACCCACUUCAGCCACAGCCAGAGCUACUUCCAGUCAGUCUCCAUGGCAACUGACCUGCGCAACACCUUCUUCCUGUUGUUCCCCAUAUGGUUCCAUGUACAGCAAGCUGAAGCCAUCAAACUGGUGUGGGUGGCGGUAGUGGGAGACUGGAUCAACCUGAUGCUGAAAUGGCUUCUGUUUGGAGAGCGUCCCUAUUGGUGGGUUCAGGAGACAGGUUACUAUGGCAACUCCUCUCACCCAAUGAUAGAGCAAUUCCCCAUGACCUGUGAGACCGGACCAGGAAGUCCGUCAGGUCAUGCCAUGGGGGCUGCAGCGGUGUACUACACCAUGAUGUCCUCACUCCUCGCCACAUUGCUGAAGAAAGAAGGACAUCAGAUCAGGAAAUGGUGUGUGCGUGUCUCACUGUGGACGCUGUUCUGGUGUGUGCAGGUGUGUGUGUGCCUCUCCAGGGUCUUUGUCGCUGCACAUUUCCCACAUCAGGUCAUCACAGGAGUUGUCAUAGCGGUCGCUCCCCGCUCCGCACUCACUGAGCCGCGCUCUUCUUUUUUCCCCCGCUCAAGCGGAAGAAGGGAUCUUUCUUCCGGACACAUGGUGCAAGGUGGGCGUGUCCAGGACGCUGAUGUAAACACAAAAUACGCCUCAUCCCCCGUCGGAUAA